CCUGAUUAUGAAGUUUUGUCGAAUGAACCACCGGAAACGAUCAGCUUGGCAUCAUUCUCUCAAAAGUUUAGACCGCGGCCUUUGCAAUAUGUACCUUCACCACCGUACAUGAUGAAAUUAUCCCCACGAUUGACCAAUGAUCCUUUGAUAUCCAAUGCCUCUGUAUCCAUUCCGAAAAAGACGAAUACUGGUGGUAUGGUGAAUGGUUUUCCGCUCAAGUUACUCGAACUUAUGGUCAAAGUGAACAAAAUAUUAUUAACUAAGAAGAGUAAAAUCAAGAAAUUGAAAGAGAUGAAUGGGGAAGCUGAGAAGAGACGCUCCUUAGGUGAAUCGCUUCCUCCCGAUUUUGAAAAAAAAUACGCAGGAAUUAUUGUUGAAUUGGAGAGAAUGAAUGGAGCUCUCCAAGAUUUUUUGAACGAGAUACAAGAAUUGUGUCAAGAAAUGGCGCCCGAACCGAGCGUGGCGGCGAUGUUAGCACCGUCACAUCUCCGAGAGAAGUGCAAGCAAGAAGCGACAGAUAUGGUCGCUAAAAAUAAUAUAAUAAACGAUAAAGGACCAGGAAAAAUGACUCAAUUGGUGACGGAUUUGACUGCGUUGAUGUUACAAGUGAAAAGCUUAUCGGAUUCCGAUCAAAACGCAUACGAGCUCAAAGUAUUGCAAGGUACCAUGGAACAAAUAAGAUCAAAACUCAGUCCGGAGAAUCAGCAAGUAUUUCAAAACUGCGUAGAAAUUCAUAUGCAGCACAUUCAAGUAGGCUUAGGGCAGAUGGGUCCUCUAACGCCGUUUAUGGCGCAAAGAGUUUAAAGAUGAAGCAAAAACUAUCGUGUAUUCUCACGAAAUGUACAGUACGACAGACGAUCACGGCAUCACGAUAUUUUUUAGAAAACAAGAAACUAAUUCCUGUAUUUUCUCAACUCUUGUAUAGGCCAUAAUAAUAUAUUUCCACGUAAAAUGCAUGUCUACACAAUAUACAUGUAUGAUUUAAGCAAUUAUAUUAGUUUUGUAUUUGUAUAUACAGAAUAUAUUUGUCCUUUAAUUUCUUUAAUGAUGACAUGCUCAUGAAACACUUAGAAGAAAGUUCGUGUAUUAUUGGGUAAUACUACUGAAAAUAUUAAAUAUCUAAGAAUCCAUUUUUUCAGGUUUUUAUGUACUUUAUGUAUCAUUUAAUUAGAGAUAAACACAAUUCAUUGUCUAUUCAAUUACGAUAUUACUAUAUGUGCGAAAUUAUAUUCCUUGAAAUCUAAAAAGAAACAUCAGACUUGUAUAUAUACAAUCGGUUUAUAUAGAUAAUUCUAUAAUUUGUUAUAAGAGGCUCUUCUCAGUGCAAAUGUAAUUAAAAAGCUUCAGCUAAUUAUAAGAAAUUUAUUGUCAUGAAUAAAGUGUCUUUCAAUCUA